GCUUAGUGGCGGAAAUCAAGUGGCGUUGGACGCGAUCUCAGCACAAUCCGAAAUCAUCUGUGCUUCUAUAAAGACCAUCGACGCCACAACUACAUUCUUACUGCUUUUAAGUGUUUAUGUUUUUCUUGCCAAGGUUUUGUUUGGAAGGUUGUGGCAGGAUUUGAUUAAUAACGAAGCGAUUGAGUCGUGUUCCCCUGAGAUCAGAGCAGGACUGUCGUUGUGUCUGUGUGUAAACGCGGAUUAUUUCCUUUCGCUUUCUCCUACUAACAUAAUCUCUAGUUAAAAUGGCUUGUGGGGCCACUCUUAAAAGGACUAUGGAUUUUGAUCCUUUGAUGAACCAAGCGUCUCCAAAGAGAAGGAGAUGUGCGCCCAUGUCCCCGUCCUCCUCAAGCGCCUCCCCGCAGAAGUACCUGCGCAUGGAGCCUUCGCCCUUCGGUAGAGUGUCUUCAACCCUCACCACAGAACAAAUCUUGAGCAACAUCAAGCAGGAGUACAAGCGCAUGCAGAAGAGAAGACAUCUGGAGAACAGCUUCCAGCAGACAGACACCUGCUGCCCCAUCGACUCGCAGCCGCACACCUCCAUCAGCAGCACCGUCACACUGCCAGGUGCCUCUGGAUCGGUGUCACCCUCCAGACGGGAGCAGCCGUUAUUCACGCUGAAGCAGGUGGGGAUGAUCUGCGAGCGUCUGCUGAAGGAGCGUGAGGAGAAGAUUCGGGAAGAGUAUGACGAGACCUUGACCACCAAACUCGCAGAACAGUAUGAUGCCUUUGUGAAGUUCACCCAUGACCAGUUGAUGAGGCGUUUUGGGGAGCAGCCUGCCAGCUAUGUGUCCUGAGUGAGCCGUGCCGCAUCCUAUUCUUCUGUGGUUGCUGCCGUUCUCCAGUGGAUCUCUCUGCCUGUGUGACCUCUUGACACUCAGAAUUGGUCCAGCUGGUUCUCCUGCAUUGCCAAUCGCAUCCUUUUCUCACUGGGCACAGAGUAUGUGUCAGGCUUCUGUCUGUUAUCUCUCUCUCUCUCUUGCGCACAGCCGAGUACUUCCUGCCAUCAAUGACCAUAUAUGGACCUCUGCAAACUAUUCUAAUCAGUGGCUCUGUGUCUCUCUUAUUGAACCCUGGAUAUUUAUUAGGCUUUAACGAUGCAUUUUAUACAGUCACCUGUCAUUUCAUCCUAGAGUUUUGUUUUUAAAUUUGAUGUGUAUUUUCAUGAAAUGCCUUCAUUCACAGCAAAUGAUGUUGAUUGCCAUGAUAAAUGUGUGAUGUUGAGAAAUGGGCGCGUAUCUUUGAGACUGCUGUUUAUAGCUUUGUGUAAAUACAUCCUGGCAUUCACUUGAAGUUUUCAUGUACAAAUCAUAUACAGCAUUUAUUUUGAUUGGAGUCUGUUCAUGGUUUGUAUUUAUUUAGUUUUUUUUUCUCCCCCUUCUGCAUUAUAGUUUUCCUGUAGUUUAAAUGACUUUCUGUUGGGAAAAAUAUACCAAUAAACCGUUU